AUGGCCGUCAUCAGCAGCACAACAUCUCAGCCUUUGCUCUGCACCAACCGCACCAUUUUCUCAACCAAACUCUCCUUCAGCCCUCGUUCCAAGACCCAUUUUUUCACUCAAAGGCCAGUUUUUGCGGCACUGGACCUCCAAAAGUGGCCUUCACAACAAUCACCCGCAACCCACAAUAGGGACUCUAAAUUGAAAACACUUGUGUGCCGCGCGGCUCGUCGAAAACCCACAACCACUGUUCAACAGGAGAAUGAUAGCUCAGAGAGACUGCUUCAGAUUGUUCUGUGGGUUGCUGAGGCAGUCUACAUUUUGUGGCUUUUUCUCCUUCCUUAUGCUCCCGGAGACCCAGUGUGGGCUAUAAGUUCUGAUACAAUGAAUUCUCUUGUGGGGCUCUCUCUGAAUUUCUUCUUUAUCUUGCCUCUUUUGAACUCUGGUAAGCUCAACUGGGUCAUAUUUGUUAUUGAUUUUUCUGGAGUAGUUACUGCUGGUUUGAUUAAUGCCCCAGUUCUUCACCCGAUGUCAGAAGGGCUAUUCAACUUUGUAAUUGGGUGGACAUUCAUGUUUGCCCCUUUGCUGUUCACGGAUCGUAAGAGGGACAGAUACAAGGGGUCUCUAGACGUCUUAUGGGGCUUUCAGAUCUUUUUAAUACCUUACAUGGCUAUUCGGCUAAAUGAGGCUGAGUCAGACUAUACUCCGACCAAGCGCUCACAACUUGGGUCUGUGAUGACCAAUGGUGCUCCCAUUGUCGGACUUGUUGGUGGAGCGAUAUGUCUGAUAUCUGCAUUGUGGGCUCUUUUUGGCCGAAUGGACGGCAACUUUGGGAGCAUUUCAGACAGAUGGGAGUUCUUGAUAAGUUAUCUAGGAUCAGAGAGGCUGGCUUAUGCAUUCAUUUGGGAUAUUGGUCUGUACACUGUCUUCCAGCCUUGGUUGAUUGGUGAAAAUCUUCAAAAUGUUCAGAGCAGUAAGAUUGGUAUUGUAAAUUAUCUUAGAUUUGUGCCAGUGGUUGGCUUAGUUGCGUACGUUGUUUGUUUGAAUCUGGAUGAGGAACUGUAA